CUUACCGAGUUGCCUGUUCCUCAGCUUCAUUCGGAAUGGCUUUUCGGGUGCGUCGUGUGGUCCUUCUUGCCCUGUCCUGCCUGUUUGCAGUGGGGCAUGGACAUUUUAAAGGCUUCGAUAAAUUUGUUCGAGUACAGCACGCCAGCGUUGAGCCUGAGGAGCAAUGGUUUUCACAGAAACUGGAUCACUUUCAUGGCGCAGACAGCAGAGUCUGGAAGCAGAGGUACUUUGUGAAUGAAGCCUUCUACAAGCCUGGAGGUCCUGUGUUCCUUAUGAUUGGUGGGGAGGGUCCAGCCAACCCAGCAUGGAUGCAGAAUGGCACGUGGCUCAUCUAUGCUGAAAAACUGGGUGCCCUUUGCUUCAUGUUGGAGCAUCGUUUUUACGGCAAGAGUCACCCAACUAGUGACCUGAGCACAGACAGCCUUCAAUUUCUCAGCAGUCGCCAGGCCUUGGCAGACCUGGCUCAUUUUCGCUCGGCAAUGGCCGAGACCCGGGGGCUGACCAACAACAAGUGGGUGGCAUUUGGAGGGUCUUACCCAGGUUCUUUAGCUGCCUGGUUCAGGCUCAAGUACCCUCACCUGGUGCAUGCCUCUGUGGCCACAAGUGCGCCCAUCAAUGCGCAGGUCAACUUCCCAGAGUAUCUCGAGGUGGUGCGACGUUCACUGGCAUCAGAAUCCCCAGAGUGUCCCCUGCUGGUUCAAAAGGCGUCUGACACACUAGUUGAGCGCCUCAAGGACCCAAAAACCUAUGCGAACAUCACCAAAGAUUUCAACUUGUGUUCCCCGCUGCAGAUCCAGACAGAGAUGGACUCGGCCUACUUUCUGGAAACGCUGGCUGGCAACUUCAUGAAUGUGGUCCAGUACAAUCUAGACAACAGGGAGUUUGAGGGUUUGUUAGGCAACAUUACCAUCAAAGUGCUGUGUGAUGUGAUGAGCGACGCCUCACUUGGAGACCCUUAUGCCCGCUAUGUUGCUAUUGCCCGACUUAUGAUGGACACAUACUCGAUGAAGUGCCUGGAUGCCAGCUACACAAACAACCUCAGAGACAUGACUAACACUUCCUGGGACGGGCCGGCUGCUGGCGGAGGGAGACAGUGGUUCUACCAGACAUGCAGUGAAUUUGGAUUCUAUCAGAGCACAGACUCGCCCAACCAACCGUUUGCUGGCUUCCCUCUCGAGUAUCAAGUGAAACAGUGUGCAGAUUACUACAACAUCAGCGCCGGGCAGUUGACUGAAGCCGUGGAGGAGACGAAUGAGUAUUAUGGCGGCUAUAAUGUCCGCGCGACCAGAAUCGUCUUCCCAAACGGGUCAAUUGACCCCUGGCAUGCACUGGGCAUCACCCAGGACAUUAGUGCCAACCUACCUGCUGUUUUCAUUAAAGGAACAGCCCACUGUGCCAACAUGUACCCAGCCAGGUCGCAGGAUCCCCUCCAGCUGACCAUGGCCCGAGAACACAUCUUGCUGCUCCUCCAGCAGUGGCUGAAGCAGUGAAAGUCCUGGGAGACUCAACUCUGUGUUAUGAAUGUCACAUCUCUGCAGACUAUAAAAUAGAUUCCAUUGUCACUUUUGCAAGCUAGUUGAAUUCUGCAAUGAAUAAUAUACAUGUUUUGGGAUUUAAUCAGAGAUCAAAUAAAGAUAUUUUUAUCACUUUGUGUUUUAAUUUUCAGAAUAAUUAGCCCUGAAUAUGGUUUAUUAGACCAAAGGGAGUUUUAUUGUUAUUAAUAACAGAUGGCCGAUUCAUUUCCUUGUGCAGACAAGUUUUCCUUCCAAUCCUCAAUGUGGUCCUUUUAG